AUGAACGCGCAGCUGUCGAUGGAGAACAUAGGCGACCUGCAUGGAGUGAGCCAUGAGUCCGUCGCCGCUCACGGAGAGCUGCUGAGCGGACACAGUCCGCACUCCCGUCCGAGCCCGCGGGGUCUGAGCCACCGCGCUAUGGGCAUGGCGACCCUACUGGACAGCGGAGACUAUCACCCUGGCCACCCGGGACACCUGCAUCCAGCCAUCAGCAUGUGCGAAGCCCCCCACGGCAUGAGCGCCAGCACCACUUACACUACCCUGACCCCCCUGCAGCCUUUACCCCCCAUCUCCACCGUGUCCGACAAGUUUCCUCCUCACCAUCACCACCAUCAUCCCCACCAUCCGCACCCACACCCCCACCAGAGGAUCCCCGGGAACGUCAGCGGCAGCUUUACGUUGAUGCGAGAGGACCGGAGUCUGGCGCCUAUGAACAGUCUGUAUCCCGCGUAUCAUCACAAAGAUCCCUGCAUGGGCCAGAGCCUGUCCCCGCUGUCUGGUUCUGGGCUGGCCAGCAUACACACGUCUCAGGCGGGCAUCCCCCCGUACGCUCAUCCCGGCGCCGCCAUGCCCGGCGAAAAGAUGCUCACACCCAACGGGUUCGAGGCUCACCAUCCGGCCAUGCUCAGCAGACACGCCGAGCAGCACAUGAGCUCCUCCGCGGGCAUGGUGCAAAUCAAUGGCCUGCAUCAUCACCCGCACGCCCACCUUGGCGCGCAGGGCCACGUCCAGGGGCUGGGGAACGGCCGGGAGCAGGCCUCCGGGCCUGGGCACCAGGUGGGCGGCGGCGGUGGUGGAGGUGGCGGUGGAGGUGGUGGUGUUUCCGGGGGACAGAUGGAGGAGGUGAAUACCAAAGAAGUAGCGCAGAGGAUCACAACGGAGCUGAAGCGUUACAGCAUCCCCCAAGCCAUCUUUGCUCAGCGGGUCCUGUGCAGGUCUCAGGGGACCCUGUCCGACCUGCUGAGAAACCCCAAGCCCUGGUCAAAGCUCAAGUCCGGCAGAGAGACCUUUCGUCGCAUGUGGAAGUGGCUGCAGGAGCCUGAGUUCCAACGCAUGAGCGCGCUCAGGCUCGCAGGUGAGCGAAGCCUCGCGUGUAAGCGCAAGGAGCAGGACCACGGCAGGAGCGAGCGAGGGAACGUGACCAAGAAGCCCCGGCUGGUGUUCACAGACGUGCAGCGGAGGACGCUUCAUGCCAUCUUUAAGGAGAACAAGCGUCCGUCCAAGGAGCUGCAGCUCACCAUUGCCCAGCAACUGGGCCUCGAGUUGGCCACGGUCAGCAACUUCUUCAUGAACGCUCGGCGCCGGAGCCUGGACAAGUGGGUGGACGAUGGCUCCGGUCACGCAGCCAACUCUGGGCCCAAUCCCUGCACCAAAGCCUGAAGUCGGACUGACCGGACCAACUCAUGGACUGACUCAACCUCGGUGGAAAAGCUUUAAACAUUUCUGAGAAACAAAGAAAACUUAAAAACCUUGAAGCAACGUUUUGCCCUUAAACCUGUACUAUAUUGAUAUUUAUAGUAUCCAAAGAUGAAAAACAAACCAAAGACUUCUUGUUUGACCUGCUUUACAAUGUUUGUUUCAGCAACACGUUUUGUGUAACAUACUGCAAAAAGACUUUACUCCCUUUCUCACAUAUAUACACACACACACACACACACACACAGACACACACACCCAGGUCUUUAGCUUUACUACACCCCCUCACCUCCCUACUGUGUAUCAGUCUAUCGUUUGCCAUCCUUAUCUCUAAUCUGAUUGGUUGGUUUAAAUGAUGGGCCCCCAAGUGGAG